UAGUGAAAAACAAGGAUAUGAUGAUUCAUCCUUCCAAAAAAAAGAUGUGAUGGUUCACUUGUAAAAAAAAAUAAAAAAAGAAGAUGUGAUGGUUCAUUAUAAAUAAGAUAGACUCUCCCACACUGAAAUGGCGACCAUUGGUACCACCAUUGUUCUUUCUUUCUCAAAAUCUUCGUCUUCUCUCUUUCUCACUAAGCUCACUUCACGUAUUCACUUUGCUUCAUUUUCCACGCGUUAUCAUCAUUCCACGAGGAAGCUCAUGUCUCACACGCCCGCACGUGCCACUCUCGGUCUCACUCACCCCACCAACGUCGAAACCCCUAAGAUCUCUUUUUCUGCUACGGAUGUUGACGUGACGGAAUGGAAAGGAGACAUAUUGGCAGUGGGUGUUACAGAGAAAGACCUGACAAGAGAUGCAAAAUCGAGAUUUGAGAAUCUGAUUUUGAACAAGAUUGACUCAAAGUUGGGUGGUUUGUUAGCUGAAGCUUCUUCUGAAGAGGAUUUCUCUGGUAAAGUUGGUCAAUCGACUAUUCUUAGAAUUGCAGGACUUGGAUCAAAGAGGGUUGGUUUGAUUGGUCUUGGACAGUCACCUUCCACUACUGCACUUUUCAAAGGUCUUGGUGAGGCUGUUGUGGCGGCUGCUAAGUCUGCUCAGGCAAGCAAUGUUGCCAUUGUUCUUGCCUCUUCGGAAGGACUUUCUUCACAAUCAAAGCUUAGCACUGCUUAUGCAAUUGCGUCUGGAGCUGUGCUAGGAUUAUUUGAAGAUCAAAGAUUCAAGUCGGAAUCAAAGAAACCAGCACUUAGAUCCAUUGACAUUAUUGGUCUUGGAACGGGACCUGAAUUGGAGAAAAAGCUCAAGUAUGCUGGAGAUGUUUCUUCUGGAAUAAUUUUUGGAAGGGAGCUUGUAAACUCUCCUGCUAAUGUUCUCACACCAGGGGUGUUGGCAGAGGAGGCAUCUAAGGUUGCUUCCACCUACAGUGAUGUUUUCACUGCUAAAAUACUAGACGCUGAACAAUGUAAAGAAUUGAAAAUGGGGUCCUAUCUGGGUGUUGCCGCAGCCUCGGCAAAUCCUCCUCAUUUUAUCCAUCUUUGUUACAAACCUCCGAGUGGACCUGUCAAUGUCAAACUGGCUUUGGUCGGAAAGGGUUUGACUUUUGAUAGUGGUGGCUACAACAUCAAGACUGGACCUGGAUGUUCAAUUGAACUCAUGAAAUUUGAUAUGGGUGGUUCAGCUGCAGUUUUAGGCGCAGCAAAAGCACUUGGUCAAAUCAAACCUCUUGGGGUGGAGGUUCAUUUUAUAGUUGCAGCUUGUGAGAAUAUGAUCAGUGGAACAGGUAUGAGGCCCGGAGACGUUGUCACAGCUUCAAAUGGAAAGACUAUAGAGGUUAACAACACUGAUGCUGAGGGAAGACUUACCCUGGCAGAUGCGCUGGUAUAUGCUUGUAACCAAGGUGUUGAAAAGAUUGUUGACUUGGCAACCCUAACAGGGGCUUGCGUAGUUGCUCUUGGGCCAUCAAUCGCAGGUGUGUUUUCACCCAAUGAUGAGCUGGUAAAAGAAGUUUUGGAAGCUUCUGAAGUGAGUGGGGAGAAAUUAUGGAGGCUGCCAUUAGAGGAAAGCUACUGGGAAUCAAUGAAAUCAGGAGUGGCUGAUAUGGUGAACACUGGUGGUAGACAAGGUGGUUCUAUCACUGCUGCCCUUUUCCUGAAACAGUUUGUUGAUGAAAAGGUUCAAUGGAUGCAUAUUGACAUGGCUGGUCCUGUGUGGAACGAUAAGAAGCGCUCAGCGACAGGAUUUGGCAUUGCUACUCUAGUAGAAUGGGUUUUGAAAAAUGCUUCUUAAUUAAGAAAAGAUAAAAAUCAUGCUGUGGUUUUUAUGGUUCCUUAGGGUUGCUUUACUUAUAUGAAUAAAUUAUUUGAUGGUGGAUGUAAAAGGUGGUAAGCUGAGGUAUAUUCCAGUGUAUUCAAACUUUUAGUUUUUCCAAUGCAAAAAAAAAAAAAAAAACUUUGUAUUUUCAUGUUUUGCCAAU